UCGGGUGAUUAUCGAUAGAGGGCAUAAAUAUAAGCCUAAACAAUGGAUCAGAUCCUACAAACUCUAAAAGAUAUCCAGCUGGACUUAUCUAAACAGAAGCAAGAUAUGAAAGAGAUGGAGAAUAAUAUUACGGAAUCUAUAAAUAACAAUAUAGAUAGUAAAUUUAAGCAUAUAGAGGAAAAAACAAAGAACUUGGAAUUAAAAAUCGAUCAACAACAAAAAACUAUAGACAUUUUAGACAAACAACUAAGAAGAAAAAAUGUCAUAUUUUUUGGAGUUGAAGAAAAAGAAAAAGGCUACGAAAAUCUACUUUCUAUCAUUUUAGAAAUAUUAAAUAAAAAUAUGAAUAUAUCAUGCAAACAAUGGGAAAUUGAAAAUGUGAUCAGAAUGGGGAAAAACACAGGGAAAAUUAGACCUGUGGCAGUCACAAUAACAACUAUGAGCCGAAGAAUAGAGAUAUUGAAGAACAAAAAAUCACUUGAAAACACUAGAAUCUACUUAAAAGAAGAUUUCUCCCCUGCCAUAUUACAAAAAAGAAAGGAAUUACAGGAAACCUUAAAAAAAGAGAGAGAGUCUGGGAAAAGAGUAGCUCUACACUACGACAAGAUAAUUGAAUUAAAACCUCGCAGCUCAGGACCUCGCACACCCACCGAAAGAAAUACUAAUAAGAGGAUUUUGUCUAUUUCACCUGAAGAAUCGGAGAAGAACCAUCGAGGAGACAACAACGAGACGACAAAACAAGCACCGAGCACAAGCAAUAUGAACAAAAUACCAAAACGAAAUAAAAGAAAUAUCGAGUCAUUUGUAAUUCGUGAACCAAAAAGUACAAAUGCCAAUUCGACUUUAGAUAAGUAACAUACUACAAACUCCGCCCGAUAGCAAGGAGCAGCGCCCCUCCAAAACGUAUUCCAGAACGAAUAACAAAAAAAAAAGAAAAACAUUAAUGUUCCCCAAGCCGGCUGGUCACCGUGGGGACAGCGACCACAACCCUCCAAUUUAGAAGAAAAGAAAAAGAACAGUAUUUACAGACCAAUGGAACAAAUUGGAGGAGGCCUUGACCCAAUAAAGUGGG